UAGCUAUAGUUUAUAAGACGACUUUGACUUGAAAUAGUAACAGUAAUACUCACAAAAGUAAGCAAUUCAUACAGCUUCAUCAUUUCACUUGCAACUUCAGAUUCACUUAUCACUUUGAAGAGUUUUCACCAUCCAAUCAAUCCAUGAGCUACAACUACAAAGUGUUCUUGAGUAUCUGCGCUCAGGACAGGGAUCAUUUUAUUUGGCAUCUCAAUACGGUUCUUCGUUCAAAAGCUGGAACCGCUCUUUUCGGGGUUGAGGAGAGGUUGCAAUAUGAGUCAGAACUCGAUGCAAUAGUUGGAUACUGCAAGCUUGCUAUAGUCGUUUUUUCAAGUAAUUAUAACAAAUCAAUAUCGUGUGUUCAAGAAUUGGAGAAAAUAACUGAAUGUUGUCGAACCUCAGACUUGGUUGUUUUUCCUGUGUUCUUUGAUGGUGUCUAUCCCUUGCAUGAAAGAUCAGAGGGAGGUAUGUUUGAUGGAAACGCUUUUCAUGAUUUUAUCGAUAGAAUCGGUAAAGACAAAGACAAGUUUUUGAGUUGGGUAGUAGGGGUCACUAAAGCUACCGAAUAUUUUGGGCCGAGUGAUCUCAUUUACAGGUACGAACAUGAAUAUGUUCAGGAUUAUAUUAGGGACAUAGGUGAACAUGUAAGUCGUGUACUGAAAAAGAGAGACUCAUUCAGUGCUUUCUAUACAAAGAGCAUAAAUUCAGGGGCGCAAGAUGUGAUUCAACUAUUGAAACAGUCAAAAUCUCCUCUCAUACUAGGGAUAUGGGGGAUGCCAGGGAUUGGUAAAUCAAGCAUUGUCCAUGCCAUAUGUAAUCAAAUUGGUCCCUAUUUUGAGCACAUGUCGUUCCUCGAAAAUGCUGAGGGAUUAUGGAAAGAUAAACUUCAAGUUUAUUUAGAAGAGGAACUUAUUUUUCAUAUUGACGAACAAUUUGAACGUAAUAUAUCUACAACAGAAGCAAGAAGAAUGAUUUCAAAAGAAAAACUUCGACAUAAAAGGGUACUUCUUAUACUUGACAAUGUUGAUAAAUUGGAUCAGCUAAAGGCUUUGUGUGGAAAUCGGGAAUGGUUUGGUCGAGGAAGCAAAAUAAUCAUCACAACAAGAGAUAGACAUCUACUCAAGAAACAUGGAGUUGACUAUAUCUACGGAGUGAAACAACUGGACGAAAGUGAAUCGCUUGAGCUUUUUAAUUUGGGUGCAUUCAGACAAGCAACUUCUGGUAAAGAUUUUGUUGAACUUUCGAGACAAGUAGUUGCUUAUUCUGGGGGAUUGCCUCUUGCUCUUAAAGUUCUUGGCAGCAAUUUGUAUUCGAAAAGAGUAGAUUUCUGGGAGUCUGAGUUGCAUUUGCUCAAAAUGUUUCCACUACAAGAAGUACAAAGAGUUCUAGAAGAUAGUUUUAAUGAUUUGAGUGAUGUAGAGAGACGGGUAUUCCUUGAUAUAGCACUUUUCUUUAUCGGGAUGAACCAAAAUGAUGUACUCGAAACAUUAAAUAGGUCAACACAAUGCACAGAUCUUCAAAUAAGUCUCCUUCAAGACAAGAGCUUUGUAACCAUCGAUGAGAAUAACAAUCUUCAAAUGCAUGUUUUGCUACAAUCCAUGGCAAGAGAUGUCAUUAGGAGGAAAUCAAGUAAUAAGACCGAUCAGCCAAAGGUGUACGAUGUAUUCUUGAGUUUCAGAGGGGAAGAUAGUCGUGCAAAGUUCAUGUCACAUCUCUUUUCCUCUCUUCAAAAUGAAGGGAUUCAUGCUUUCAAAGACGAUAACGAGAUUCAACGAGGAGAUCAGAUCUCAAUCUCACUGUUGCGAGCAAUUGGGCAGUCUAGAAUUUCUAUCAUUGUUUUGUCUACAAAUUAUGCCAAUUCAAGAUGGUGUAUGCUAGAGUUGGAGAAGAUAAUGGAAAUUGGAAGAACCAAGGGUCUUAUUGUUGUGCCAGUGUUCUAUGAGGUAGCUCCCUCAGAAGUACGUGAUCAGAAAGGUCGGUUUGGAAAAGCUUUUAAAAAGUUGAUAUCGAAAAUCUCAAUGGAUGAAUCCAAAAAGAGUAAUUGGAGAAGAGAUCUCUUUGAUAUUGGUGGCAUAGCUGGGUUUGUACUCUUAGGUUCCAGGAAUGAAAGUGCUGAUAUCAAAAACAUUGUUGAACGUGUCACACAUUUGCUUGAUAGGACAAAGUUAUUUGUUGCUGAACAUCCAGUGGGUUUAGAAUCUCGUGUGGACACUGUGAUUAAGCUAUUAAACAUAAAAAAAUCAGAUGUUUUACUUCUUGGGAUAUGGGGAAUGGGGGGUACAGGUAAAACAACCAUUGCCAAAGCCAUUUAUAAUCAAAUUGGGAGCAAAUUUGAGGGAAUGAGCUUCCUUUUGGGUGUACGGGAAUUCUGGGAGACACAUACUAAUCUAGUUUCACUGCAGCAACAGGUACUUUGUGAUGUUUACAAAACAACAACAUCCAAGAUACAUGACAUCGAAUCAGGGAAAAUUAUAUUGAAGCAAAGACUUGCUCAGAAAAGGGUGCUUUUUGUGCUUGAUGAUGUAACUGAAUUGCACCAACUAAAUGCUUUGUGUGGAAGUCGCGAAUGGUUUGGUUCCGGAAGUAGAAUAAUCAUCACGACAAGAGAUAUGAGGCUCCUAAGAUCAUGUGAUCAAUUGUAUGCUAUAAAAGAAAUGGACGAAAGUGAAUCUCUUGAGCUUUUCAGUUGGCAUGCAUUCAAGCUACCAAGUCCUCCAAUCGAUUUUGCUACACAUUCAACAGAUGUGAUUGCUUAUUCUGGAAGAUUGCCACUAGCACUUGAAGUCCUUGGCUCCUAUUUGUCUGACUGUGAAAUAACAGAGUGGCAGAAAGUUUUGGAGAAACUCAAAUGUAUUCCCCAUGAUCAAGUACAGAAGAAGCUAAGAGUAAGCUUUGAUGGUUUAAAAGAUGUUACAGAGCAACAAAUAUUUCUCGAUAUAGCCUGUUUCUUUAUUGGGAUGGACCAAAAUGAUGUAAUUCAAAUAUUAAAUGGGUGUGGGUUUUUUGCUGAUUCUGGAAUGAAAAUCCUUUUAGAGCGAAGCCUUGUAACUGUUGACAAUGGGAACAAGCUUAGAGUGCAUGAUUUGUUGAGAGACAUGGGAAGACAAAUAAUUUAUGAGGAAUCACCGUUGGAUCCUGAGAACCGCAGUAGGUUGUGGCGUAGUGACGAAGUAAUUGAUAUGUUAUAUAAUGAUUCUAAUCUUAAGGGAGCAGAAGCUGUCAAGGGUCUGGCUUUGAAAUUUCCAAAAGAAAAUUUAGUUCGUCUAAAUUCCAAUGCAUUUCAGAAGAUGUAUAAACUCAGAUUGCUUCAACUUGCUGGGGUGAAACUUAAAGGAGAUUUUAAACACCUUUCGAGAAAUCUUAGAUGGUUGUACUGGCAUGGAUUUCCAUUAACUUACAUUCCUGCAGAAUUUCAGCAAGAAAGUCUAGUUGCCAUCGAAUUGAAAUAUAGUAAUCUCACACAAACGUGGAAGAAGAACAAGAUGCUAAAGAACUUAAAAAUUCUUAAUCUUAGUCAUUCUCAGGAUUUGACUGAAACUCCAGACUUCUCAUAUAUGCCGAAUCUUGAAAAGCUAGUACUCAAAGACUGUCCAAGUUUGUCUGCGGUCUCCCAUAGCAUUGGAUCUCUCCAUAAACUUCUUCUGAUAAAUUUAACGAACUGCACAGGUCUUCGGAAACUUCCGAGAAGCAUCUAUACAUUAAAAUCUCUACAAACUUUGAUUCUUUCUGGAUGUUCCAUGAUUGACAAAUUGGAGGAGGAUUUGGUACAGAUGGAAUCUCUUAUUACCUUGAUUGCAGAUAAGACUGCUAUAAAAAAAGUUCCAUUUUCAAUAGUAAGAAUGAAAAACAUUGGAUAUAUUUCUUUAAGCGGCUUUGAAGGAUUUUCACGUGAUGUAUUCCCUUCUCUCAUUCGCUCUUGGAUGUCGCCUUCAAAUAAUGUGAUAUCCCUAGUUCAAACAUAUGUACCCAUGUCAUCACUUGCUUCUUCCAAGGACAUUCAAAAACUUCGAAUUCUUUGUGUGGAGUGUGGUUCAGAUCUACAACUAACUCAAGAUAUAGCAAGAUUUUUGGAUGUAUUAAAAGCCACAAAGUGUCAGAACUUGGAAGCAAGUGCAAGUUCAACUACAUCACAUAUUUCUGAUCUGUAUGCGCCUGCUUUAACUGAUGAUUGCCUUGGUCAAGUUUGCACUUCAAUGUCAAAGAAUUACUUGAAAUAUCUCCUUAUUCAGAUGGGAACAAAAUGCCAAGUCUCUAACAUUGCCGAAGAAUGUAUUUUACAGACUGCAGAUGAGACAUCGGAUUCAUUUUUGCUUCCCUGUGACAAUAAUUGUGAAUGGUCAAGCUUUAGUUGCAAAGGUUGUUCCAUAAUAUUUGAUAUCCCAACAAUAAAGGGGCGAAACCUGAAGAGUAUGAUAUUGUUCAUUGUCUAUUACUCUUCCCCGGAGAACAUAGCAUCAGAAGGGUGUCAAGGUGUAUUGAUCAUAAAUUACACAAAGAGAAUCAUUCAGGUUUACAAAAGAGAUACUCUAACCUCUUUUGGCCAUGAGGAUUGGCGGACCGUAACGUCAAUUCUAGAACCUGGUAACAAAGUGGAGGUUAUGGUUGUUUUAGGGGAAGGUUUCAUUGCUGACAAGACUACAAUAUCUCUAUCAUAUGAUGAACCAGACGACAAAAAAAUGGAACGCUGUCAUGUAGUAGAUGAGGAGGAUGUUAUUGUUUCUGGCAACGAUGAUAAUAAUGUCAGUGUUUCCAGUGGUGAUGAUGAAACCAUCAAUCGCUUUGGAGAGGAAACUAUGAACCACAUCCAGAUUACCAAGCACGGCGAUGGGUUAUGUGUUGAUGUCGUGGGACCGAUACAGCUAGUACCAAAUGACCUUGACCAGCCUGUAGAGGCAGUAGCUGAGGAGAUUCAUCCAGCUGAAGAACAACCUGAUCAGGAGCACCAUGUUCCUCCACCUGAGUGUGAGCCUGAACAGCAUGCAACAGUAGCAUCUGCGACCAUAGAACCUACUCUAGGCGCUCAGAUUUUGGAUGCAAUCAGAGAGCUCAGGGCUGAUUUUGUCAGACACGAGCAGACUGUUACAGCUAGGUUCAAUGCAGUAGAGGUGAGAUUAGAGGAGCUUGCUGAUGUCGUUACCCAGAUACAGCGUGACGUAGAAAGUUAGACGUGGGAUUCUAUUCUUGGUUUGGUUUGAUGUUGCUCUUUUUUUUUUCUUUCUAUAAUCACUAGGGGAUUAGUAUUGUACACCCUAUGUACUUUUAGUUGUACUUGAUCUUUUUUCUUAUGAUAUCAGUAGUUUAUUCAUACCAA